GAUUUGAACGUGGCACCGCAGGAGACAAGACGAGAUCAACGAGAAGACACAGGAGAAGAAAAAGGAGAUGUUGUGUGUUUCCCGCCUCUUGCUGCGUCUUGGUUAUGUCUCCCGUCACCAUGAAGACCAGCGUCUCAUCGCAACCGUCGUCAGUGGCAACAAGACAGCCAGACAGGUGAAGCAGAGGUUGCUGGUGCAGGUGGAGCAGAUGCAGACUCAGUUCUCGGGGUUCAGACCUGGACUUGUCGUUCUUCAGGUUGGAAGCAGAGACGACUCGAACCUCUACAUCAGCUCCAAACUCAAGGCUGCAGCAGAGAUUGGGAUCAAUGCCAAACACAUCCGACUUCCCAGCACUACCUCUCAGGACGAGGUCCUCAGAACCGUCCUGGGUCUAAAUGAGGAUCCUGAGGUCCACGGUGUGAUUGUGCAGCUUCCUCUGGACUCAGAACGACCCAUGGAUCAGGACCUGAUCACAAACGCAGUGUCCCCCCUGAAGGACGUGGACGGACUGUCAUGUGUGAAUGCGGGGAGACUUUCUCGGGGGGAGCUCAGUGACUGUUUUCUGCCCUGUACUCCUCAGGGCUGCAUGGAGCUCAUCGCCCAGACAGGCGUGUCUGUGGUGGGGAAACAAGCCGUCGUGAUUGGUCGCAGUAAAAUCGUGGGCGCUCCGAUGCACGACCUUCUGCUGUGGAACCACGCCACCGUCACCGUCUGUCACUCCAGAACCAGAGACUUGCCAAAACAGGUGAGCCGAGCUGAAAUCCUGGUGGUAGGGAUGGGGAGGGCAGAGAUGGUUCGAGGAGAAUGGAUCAAAGAAGGAGCUGUGGUCAUCGACUGUGGAAUCAACCACGUCCCAGAUGACUCAAGGCCCAGCGGGAAGAGGGUGGUCGGUGAUGUCCAUUAUGCUUCGGCCAAUCAGAGAGCAGGAUUCCUCACACCUGUCCCUGGAGGGGUGGGGCCUAUGACCGUCGCCAUGUUGAUGCAAAACACUGUAAUCAGCGCUCAGAGAUUUCUCCAGAACCAGACCUGAACUUAAACUGGUCCAGACCCAAACCAGAGCCUCACCAGAACCACACCAGGACCAAACCAAACCAGGACCACACCAGAAUGAUGCCAGGAGCGAACCAAGAUCAAACCAGGACAACACCAGGACCAAACCAGUACUAAACAGGGACCAAACCAGGACUAAUCCAGGACCAUAAGAGGAGCCAGUAAAACACAACACAACUGGGCUAGACCAGAUCAAAGUCCAGACCAGAGACUGGAUGCAGACCAGGACCAAAGCUUUGGAGAUCAAAUAAAGAGAAAUUACAGAUAUAUUAAACUUAUAUUAAACAGAGAUUUUAAAGUUUGUAAAAUGAUUUAAAAUAAAAUAAAGGUUAAUGUGAGCGUCCAACGGGUG